CUCACAAGAGAAUAACUAAAGAUUACAAUUUUAUAUGCUUCUUCAAAGAGACGACACUGAAUCCGUGUGUGUGUGUGAAAGAGAGAGAAAGAAAGAGGGGAAAUCAAGCAGUCCAGUUAUCGAUUCACAAACCAUUUCUCUCUUUCGCUUAAAGAUGUCUAGAAAAUGACCCAAUCUCAAACAACAACCACCCAAUUUGAGGACCGAACAAGUAAGUCAACCACACCCACAACUGGCGGCGCCGGCGGCGGAUCCACUACUGUCAUGAGGGUCAUUGUGCCCUUACAAGGUGUGGUUCAAGGAAGAGGCGGCUUAAUUUUAGGUUCAGUCAUACCCUGUGCUCUGUUUUGCUUUUUCCAAUCUUAUCUUCGACGAAAUCGUUCUGGGUCAUCGGCUCCUCCGCCACCUCCGCCUCCUCCCGUUGAUACCGAUGUGUUCACACCCGGAUUAUUACAAAGGGUUCAUUCUCGGUCUUUUAUUUCAUCGCCCAGAAGUGGAACAGCUCAUGUUUCUUCUAGGGCUAAUUCCAUUUUGAAACAGAGCAAUAACCCUUAUCAUAUUGGAUUGAAAAGAGCUUCAGAUGAUCCAUAUGAUAUGUCUACAAAUCCCAGUGGGGUAAUCCAACUUGGAUUGAAUGAAAACAAGUUAUCAUUGGAUUUGAUUCAAGAUUGGUUGGUUGAGAAUGCAAAGCAUUUGAUUGACUGUGGUGAGUUGAGUAUUCGAGGUGUUGCAACUUAUCAGCCAUUUGAUGGCUUGUUGGAGCUGAAAGUGGCUGUGGCUGGGUACAUGUCUCAAGUAACGGGAAGAUCUGUCUCUUUUGACCCAUCUCAAAUAGUCAUCACAGCUGGGAUAACUUCUGCCAUUGAAAUGCUUAGUUUCUGUUUGGCAGAUUCUGGAAACGCGUUUCUUGUUCCCUCGCCAUAUUACCCCAAUCUGGAUACAGAUUUGAAAUGGAGGACAGGUGUGGAGAUCAUAGCAGUUCCCUGUCGAAGUACAGAUGGUUUCAAUUUGAGUAUAACCGCCCUUGAAAACGCGUAUAACCAAGCAAAGAAACGCGGUGUAAAAGUACGUGGGAUCAUAAUAUCAAACCCCACGAAUCCUGUGGGCAAUUUACUCAGCCGCGAAACACUUUACAGCAUUUUGGACUUUGCGAACGAGAAGAACAUUCACAUCAUAUCACACGAGUUAUUUGCAGGAUCAACUCACGGAACUGAUGAAUUCGUCAGCAUGGCCGAAAUCGUCAGUUUAGAACAUUCUGACAGAGAAAGAGUUCACAUAGUUUAUUCACUUUCAACCGACCUCUGCCUGUCUGGUUUCCAUGUCGGAGUUAUCUAUAGCUUCAACGCAAAUGUUUUAACGGCUGCCAAGAAAUUGUCGAGAUUCUCGCCCGUUUCUGCUCCAACUCAACGUCUUCUAAUUUCGAUUCUAUCCGAUACCAAGUUUAUCCAGAGAUUUAUCCAGAUAAACAGAGACAGGCUUAGAAGGAUGUAUUUGACGUUUGUGGAAGGAUUAAAGGAAAUGGGAAUCGAAUGUGUGAAGAGCACUGGCGGAUUCUACUGCUGGGCAAACAUGAGCGCGUUUAUUCGUUCUUAUAGCGAGAAAGGGGAGAUGGAUCUUUGGGAUAAGCUCUUGAAUGUGGCUAAGGUCAAUGUAACUCCUGGAUUGUCUUGUCAUUGUAUCGAACAUGGUUGGUUCCGGUUUUGUUUUGGGGGCUUGACUGAACCAGACGUUCCUUUAGUCAUGGAACGAAUUAGGAAAGUGUUGGAUGCACACAAGUCUCGCGGAUGAUAAGCCAGUGGAAGUUGCGUAAAUAUACGAGCAACUGAUUUGGAUGGAACUCGAGAUCGGGUUGGGGAAGAAGAGCAAGCAAAGUAAUAGUGACAUGAUUUCCAUAUUCCUUGUAAAGAAUUAAAUAUUUUGUUGCAAAUUGUCGAUUAUAGUGAUUCUUCAAUCAAUUCAUUUUACUCAAUUUC